AUGGCCACGCAGGAUCGGCCGGCGUACAUCUACGAUGCCGUUAAAGAUGCCCACCUGAUGCUGCGGGUGGACGAGAAGACGAAAACCCGAGAGCCAACAUCUGGACCCGUGUCCGGCGGGACUGGCAGUUGCUCCGGGGAGAGCUGCGUGGAGUCGUCCAGCGAGACCACACAGAAUGAACUGCUGAGGCUGUUGGGAACGGAAGACAAGGUACCCAACAUGUUGGUCCAUACCAUAGGGUUUGGCCAGGAGGCGGACCAGACGCUGCUGAAGCUACUGGCCAAAGCGGGCAAGAUCGAAGGCCGCUACGUCUACGCCGAUCACUAG